UCGCCACCACACCUACACGUUGCUAUCUGCUUGCCUCUCUGCCCCUGCUCUCUCUUAUCGCACUCAUCGAAGACCGACCACGCGUCCGCUUUUGAGUGCAAUUCGGACUUGCUCUUAUCCCACCCUUCAUCAUUGUAGCCCACGAGGCCUAUCCCCUUUCCGUAUCAAGGAUUGCGGUGAGGUGGGGCCAUAUCAACAGCUCGGAAGCAUUGAGCCACAAAAUCGCGAGAGGCCUCCUCCGCUGCAGCAUUGUACUUCUACGAAGGUCCGGCCGCCAGCCUUCGGCCUCCUCCAUUGGCGCCAAAAACACAUCAUGCUGACGAGGAAGCAGCAGUGGAUGCGGAUCAGGGUGCGGCGACGUGACCCAGGAAACACCGGUGGGAACACGAGCAUCAAGAAACAUCGGGGACAGCCACAGCAGCAGCAGCAGCAGCACGACGCGUGUGGCGGGGUCGAUCAAGGGGAGGAGGAGGACGGCGGUAGCACCAGCACCAGCAGCUCUGGCACCAUGUCCACGUUCUCCAGCUUCGACUCCCUUGAAGCCGUGGACGUGGAUGACUCUUCCUCCUCCUCCUCCUCCUCCUCCUCCUCGCUCCUGCCUCUCCCCUCCCAAGACGCCGUCGAUCGCCCGCGCGCGCCCAGAAUAAAGGGCGUCAGCUUCCAGCAGGAGGUGGAGGUGUUCCUCGUGACACACAAUAGCGAGCUCGAUCUCAGGGCCAAGCAAGCUCUCUGGUGGACCGGCCGAGACGCGGCGAUGAACAAGAGGGCCUGGCUCCACCACCUGGGGCAACCCGGGUGCGGGCGCGAGAGUGUCGGCCAGCAGCCGCGACCGUACCAACCGAAGCGGCAUCGCUCAUCGCCGUCUCACUUUCUCGGAGGCGGUCGCCACACGGCCGCCGACCGCGGCCUAGGCGGCCGCCCUUGGCCUUCCCACAGCAGUGCCGGUGGGUUGUUGAGCGCGGAUACUGCCGACACCGCUGGGGCGGAGGCCUCGGGUGCCGUCGCCGCGGCGGAGGAACAAUCGCUUUUUUUGCCAGCGGCAGUGGGCAUCCUGGGGUGCAGGUGCCAGGCCUGUCUCACGGAGGGCGAGCACGAGCAUGAGCACGAGCAGCAGCCGCCGUCGCCGCCGCCGCCGACGACGACUUACGAACCGCCGUCGCAAGCGCCCCAGCCGUACGAUCACCGACCGCCACCGCCGAGAGACGACGCCGUCGCAGCAGCAGCUGGCGGGGGGCACGUGACGGCCAGAGCCGCGGGCAGGACGUGGGACGACGGCGAGAGGAAGGAGGAGGAGGAGGAGGACCUUGGGAUGAAGGGGUCGAAGUCUUACUCACCAGCGUCGGUGCAGGGCAGCAGCCCAUUGCUCGAGGCGUGCGAGUCGUACGAUGACGACGAAGGCGUGUUUCCGACAGGCUCGUACUUCUUUUACGACUGACUGACGCGGGACCCGAGAAACGAACGGGGUUACUAAAAGACUACGGCGUGUUUUCCGUCAUCGAGCUCGUGCUUGUUCUACGACUGACUUGUGAGGACAACGAAAGGAAUGGGGUUCCUGCUGACUUUAACGACGAUAGGCGCGUUUUUCGUCGGGUCUCGUCGUCCUUCUUCUACGACUGACGGACGGACUUCGAGAACCAGUAGCACGGGGUGAUUGUUGCGGUCGUCGGAGCUCGACGACUCUUGUUGCGUGAGCACCACGCUUUGUGUUGUCGUUGAGGUUCGGCGUUGGGUGGCUACGCCGCCACCACCGUGUGCGGGCGUUGCGUCGGGGGGGUGGGGGGGGGGGGCGCACACGGCAACGACGCUUGCAUUUGCUGCUCGUGUUUCCUGUUGUGGUGCUUCUCCUGAAGAGAAGGAUGGAAGCAUGACCUCACCUUUGGGUUUCCUCUCUCAACCCUCCCACCCGGUGAGUGCUUACGCCUACUUAAGGACACGGCACGCCAGACGAAGGUCCGCCUUUCACCGGUGCCGUCGCUCUCUACGGUCAAGGCACGAUUUCAGGGACAAAGAUGGAUUUGCUUGUUUGAGCGUCCUGUGCCUCGAAAACGGGGCGUUGGGCGCGCAGCAGUCGUUCGUUGUGUGUGGUGGCACGGGCGGGAAGAAAAAAUAGGUUUGUGGCGAAAGUUCGGAUCAAUCUACAGCUUUAUCCCGUGUGUUCAUCCGUGCGUUCGCGAGGGCUCCUUGGCGCCCUCGGAAAAACGGCUUCUUAUUGGUAGCUCAUUUCUGAACGAUUUUGCCACAGGCUGGUAGCGAUAUAUUAGUUGAGUUGUGUUUUGCGUAUAUGUAAAUGGGUUUAGAAUGCUGCUGUUUUUUCGUUAGUUUUGACCGUCCUUCGCGCAAAAGAUAGAAGAAGCUCGUGUGGGCUCGUUUGACCGUGAAGUUGUGGGGCUUUUUGUUUGUUUUUCACUCUUUUCUUGCUGUCUGUUCCGUCGUUGUCAAAUUAUUUGUUGUUUUUUUGUCUCUCGAUUUCUGUUUCCUUCACGUCGGCACGUGCGUGUACCAUGCUUUUUUUUGUCAGCGGGAGCGAGUGCGUGGCGCCUACCUGUAUAUGUGUUCGACGUGACUGGCGUAGUUUUGUCGCACUUGCCGUCAAGGGCUGGCAGCUUUUACGCGUACGUACAAGCUGCAGCAGCAACGGCGAACUUCAUUCCAAGUUUCGUGCCCACAGGCGUAACGUGCUUACAGCUGCAGCUGAGCAUUCGUCAGACUUAUAUCCUAGAUACCUCGGUUUGAUAACAUAGUUUCUUGUUCCAUACAUCAUGCAUCUGUUGCACUACAUCAUGUUUUACGUGGAAGGGCUGAUUUUUCUUUUUCCAUUUCGGCGCCAUUCGUACCGGAAUCCGAUAGUAUGCAACAACGUUCUUCUGGCAUCUGGUAGCACAAUUUUAACGCGAGAUUGGGCGCUAGGGGCAGCAGUGGGUGGUGAGGGGAGGGUUCGAAGGUUGUCGAGGGUGGUUGGAGGCAGAGUAAUACCGCACACGUCCACAAUUAUUUUCAGAAAAUCUUGUAAACUUGAGUGUUUUUUUUGGAGGGUCUUUUGGGGGUGACUUGUCCUUCCUCACUCAGCGAUAUGUUUUACGUCCCACAGCGGUAGUAGUAGUGAUACAAUCGGAGGUUGUGGAAGGAGCAGUUGCUCGCUCGCUGCGACAGCUAGACUUGUCGCACUAGUUCUCUCGGGGUGCCGGCAGCUACCUUGCGAUUUUUUUCUUGUCACAAAGUUAGAGAGCCAUUUGUAAAAUUAUCAAAGGGGUUGGUUACGGGUGUAGGGUUGUGAGUGGAGUAGUGUUAGAAUAGCCUGGCGAUUCUGAUGCCCGCGAGUCCCGGUGUUGAGAUACGUCGAAUAGGUGUACUGUGGUGGAUAGAGCUCGCGACGCGCCGGGGGGUGUCUUAGAUUAUCUUUCAUGUGCAAAAAUUUUGGUAGUCGGCAGCCAGUAGGGUCUUUUGGUGGCACGACUAGGGCGUGGGCUACAAUCCUUCGCUGCUUUGCUUCAUGCGUAGAUAGGUGUAGCCUGCCUCUCUCGGCUUGCUUCUUUUGCCACGCCUGCUGCUGUGGUCGUUCUGCGUAGGACGUCGGCGUUUCGAAAGUCUUGGUGGGCGAGACCUGUCUCAUCUGUGAUGGUUGGCAACGAGUGAUCGUCGCAGAGAGAGGUGGUGGCACCGGUGUUGCGCAUUUUUUUCGAGUAAGAAGACGAAGCAGAGAGAAUGAUGUGACGAUGCGUUUUGGUUGUGGGCGUGCAACGGGUUGUUGCCGAGUCUCCCUGCAUGACCCCGGCGAGGUCUCUCGCCUUCGUUGGACGUUGGUAUUUUUUCUUUCGCGGAUCGUGUCACGCCCGACCCACACACCCCCUCGCUGUCACUGUUGUGGAGCGAGUCGGGGAAUAGGACGGCGGUGUCCUUUCGAAACCUACGCCACGUCAAAAUUCGAAAACGAUAGGUAGGGAAAGUGUAGCAGUAGUUAUAUAAGCUUCACAGAAAAAAAAUGUGGUGGUUGCAAGACAGCACUACAAAUAGUAGUUAAGCUUUCGCUAAGGAGUCUGUGCUGGCGUUUCUGUUAUUUUUGGGCGAGAGGAAGGGUGAUUUUAUUGUUGUUCGAUGUCGUUACUCCGGGGGCAUUUUGCUACAAAACAAAAGGAAGAAGGCCAUGAGCGGUACCGAUUAGUACCGGUGGACCUCGUGAUCAUUUUUUGUUUAGCAACGUAAUAUUUUAGCGUAUCAUUUGUUUCUUUUCUAGCCGAGGCGUGUAGGAAUGGGGCAUCUGCGCUUGACUUUUGCCGGCAAAGCGAAGCUGGUCGUGCCUUUUCAUGUGUCGUGUGUUGUUAAUUUUAGCUCUUUUUUUUUGCGGGCACAAAUGUAGGGCUCUGUGUUAAGUCGUGUUGUUGCAGUCAUCACCCACUGCAAGCGAUUUCUGUUGUGUGUCAUGAAACGCCCGCGAGUGAGUGUGACGAGGUGGAAGAGCGGGCGGUUCUCGAUGACUGGCGACGUGCGGAAUGGGAUGAAAAUAGAUUGCCACCAUACAUGUCAUGUGUGGGUUUCCUCCUGCAUA